GCGGGGACUGGUGCAAUCUGCCAGAUCCCAUCCCAGUAAACGCGAAGCUGACUGGGAACGCUAGCACCGCGGCUACGAAGGCGAGCCGUGUCGCCGCUACUCAUUUUUUCGUCCCCUCCACCCCCUGCAUUGCAAAUGGAAGUUGCAGGCGUCCUCUCGUCAGCCUCUGAGUAAACGAACCUGCGGUUGCUGGCCGUUGUCAACACUCUGGAACCAGAGUUUUUCGAGCGGACCCUCACGCGUUGGUGUCAAGGGGGAGAUGACCGUGAGGAAGCCGUACUACUGACAAAAACAAACAUUUUUCUCCUGGAAUUGGAUUGCUGCGAGACGACAAGAGGAGAACGCCCCCCACCUUGAUGAAGUACUUCGAGUUGCAGUACGUAAAAUGAGUUGUUGCGGGGAGUUAUUUGGACGGACGGACGAACGAGGCAUCUGCCGUGCUCUGCAGCGACGGCUUGAAAUCCCGUUUCUCUGACAAGGAUUGUUUUAGUCUUUCUGUUGUUAGACCUGCAGUACCUGUUCCAAAACUAGCUGUCGAAAAUUCGCCACAGGGCGAAUUAAAAGGCGAAGUCGGAGAAACGUAUUCAAAUCUGAAGCUACAGGUCUGCUGAAAUAAACACGGGCUGCGCUGUCGUUGGCUCGUUGUGGAACAAAACGCUAGGCUUCUGACAUCGCACUCCUUUUUGAGGUUCAACCAAGGACACGUUCUUGAAAACAGGCUGUGAAAGUAGCUGCUAUGUAUCAUACACGGGGCUGCUCAUGCUCCUCUUUGGCGAAGCAUCCACUUCUAAACUGAAAUUGCUCGUUUGUCAAGCGCAGAAUCCCUCAAGCUGAUCAUCGACUCGAACAGAAAUGGCUACAGACGGCUGCUGGAGAUACUACGUAUGGAUUUGUGUGGUCUUAUGCAAGUUCACGCUGCCGUUAGCCAAGUCCCUGGACACCAUCAUUUGGAACUCCCAAAAUCCCAAGUUCCAAAGUGGUAAAGGUCUGGUGAUAUAUCCUGAUAUCGGAGACAAGAUGGAUAUUAUCUGUCCUAAGGCAGAUGCCAGCCAGCUGUAUGAGUAUUACAAGCUGUACCUGGUAAAGAAAGAGCAGGCGGAGUCGUGCAGCACCGUCUUGGACCCGUACGUGCUGGUUACCUGCAAUAAACCUGAGAAAGACAUCAAAUUCACCAUCAAGUUCCAGGAAUUCAGCCCCAACUACAUGGGACUAGAGUUUAAAAAGAACAAAGACUACUACAUCACAUCCACAUCCAAUGGCUCACUGGAAGGCUUGGAGAAUCGAGAAGGAGGCGUCUGCAAGAGCCGCUCCAUGAAGGUCAUCAUGAAGGUUGGACAAGACCCCAAUGCAGUGGUGCCCGACACAGAGCAAACCGAAUCGCCCAUGCCUGAACCUGAUGCCAGCUCCAACCCUGCUAACCCAGACAUGGACGGACCCCUGGAGUCUGGGAACACCGACACAAUCAACCAGGAUAAUAAGGACAACAGUGUAGACGGCAUCCUGGGCUCUAAGAUCGCCGUAUUCUCGGCCAUCGGUGCUGGCUGUGUCAUCUUCCUCAUCCUCAUCAUCUUCUUGGUCAUCCUGCUAAUCAAGAUCCGCAAGCGUUCACGGAAGCCCUCACAACCACGGCCAGCUGCCCUUUCCCUCAGCACUCUGGCCAGUCCCAAGAUGACGGGCAGCGCUGGCUCCGAACCCAGCGACAUCAUCAUCCCCUUACGGACAGAGAACAACUACUGCCCGCAUUAUGAGAAGGUCAGCGGGGACUAUGGCCACCCCGUGUACAUCGUACAGGAGAUGCCUCCACAAAGCCCAGCCAAUAUCUACUACAAGGUGUGAGACUGAAAAAAGGGGGAAAUAAGGAACUGAGGCAUUAUGCGUCACCCCUUCGUGAGCCGCCAUUUUUACUACCUUGACCUCUGACAUUGAGAGGCUUCAUAAAAGGAGACCAGACCAGAGACGGUCAACGCAGAUCCACAGAUACUGUGUAAAACAAAACAGUGAUUUUGUUCGUUUUGUAGGCUGAAAGCUUGCUGUGGGAGCUUUUCAUCCCUUUUCUUCUUUCUCACAUUUGUACAAGUUCCAUGAAAUGCCAUUCAGAGCAGCUGGAACACAAGAAGGCAGUUUUGCUUCUGAAAAAAAGCAGCCAGAAACUGCACACUGAAAACGAGAAUAAACAACCUAUUUUCUAACUUAAAUUAAAGCCAAUCCUGCUUUUUUCAGGCUGGCCAUCUGGUUGAAAAUGGAGCCUUUUUAAUGCUCAGGUAACAAGGGCACAAGGUGACAAGUAAUGGAAAUCAUAUGAUGUUUGCCUUACUAUUUUUGAUGGAAAACAUUCUUGCUCCUUCCACAAAGGUAUUGAUUUGCAAUUCUGUUUUUAGGCUUUUUUUUUCAAUGUAUGCUCUCUAAUAAGUGAAUAUUUCACUUCUAUGUCCUUAUCACGGCCAAUUUUGUGUGUUUAACAUGUAUAGUAAAUGAUCAUUUGGUCCCAGUUGUCCCUUUACAUAUAGUCAGUUAACCAUAUGCUGUGUCAUGUAUUUAUGUACACAUGGUAUUUGCAAUCUGGCUUUUGUGUUCACAAGUAGAGGCAACCCCAUGGUCUGGUAUUUAUGACUAAGCCGCUUGCAUUACAGAAGCCGUUCCUGCACGCAUGUCGAGGCAGGCCAUGGAAAUUGUGGCUUCUGAUGCUUCCGUAGCCUGUUAGCUGCUCAGUGGAAGAGGAGUAAACUCCGGCUUAUGUGGAAGUUUAAUGGGUGCUGUUAAUUAGCUUUUCAGCAACAGACCAGCAUGAUGGAUGUCAGAAUCAACAUUUUUGGGGGGAAAAAAAACAGUUUUAAAAAAAGUCAUGGACUAACAAAUGUUGCUAGAGAGCAAUCAAAACGUUAAUUAGCUCAGAGGAAGCCAGGCCUCGGCCCUCAUGUCAAAAUAUGAAGCUGGAAGUUGUGUUUAAGUAGAGGAAAAAUGCCUGUUAGGUAAGUGCAGUAGGAAGGCUUAGUGAGGUUUUAACCUCAGUAAAAAAUACUCAAAUUCAAUCAAAAAAAAGUGUGGGCCACAGAUUAGUUAGCAAAAAGCACCAACAAAAUUUAAAUAACACAGCCUUAGAGAAAUGUGGGUUAUAUGUGAAACUGAUUUAUAAAUGAAACAUUAUGAAAACAGAUUGUGAGAAGAGAUACAGAAAUAUGGAAAAACUUGAAACUCUCAAAGCUAUCAAGCUCUAAGAGUGUGGAUGUGCUCUAUCUGGUACAAUUGUUCUUUAACCCAUAUAAGUUUCAGAGCAAAGUGCUUGUGACAUAAACUAUUUGGUGUAAUUGUUUUAAUUUCGCCUGCGCUUGACAGCUACUGUGAUAAAAAUCACAUUAUAUUGUUGAUUUUUUCCUUGCCAACAUUUUUUCCUCUCCUCCCUAGAUUUGACCGUCUGGUUUCUAAGUGACUAAACUAACAUGUUUUUCUCCCUUUGAUAGCUUGAAACAUAUCACCACCUUUAAUGUCUUUCUUUCAGGUAAAUCACAAUAAUCUUGAGUUGUCAAAGGUUACGCUGUUUGUGAAACCAAGAAUAAAUUCAAAUGAAAGUGUAGCUCUGUGUUUGGAAGGGAACAUUCAGCCAGUUCUGACGGCUGCUUGAGCUUCAGUGAUGGGAGUAAAAAAAAAAAAAUCAGGCAGGUCAGUUAAGGACAAGCGUUUGCUUGUAAAAAAGAAUAGUGAAGCAAGCCCAGUUUUAUUCUGCAGUAAAACUGUUGACUGCCUAUCGCCAAGUGUUUACGCCUAGAAACGACAACGGCACAGAUAAGUCUGCUUGCACACCUAUGAAAGAAUUUACAGCAACAGCAACAUCUCUGGGAGAAUAGAGGUCAACAUUUUCAAGUAUUUCUUUUCUUUUUUGUGUUUUUUUAAUGUUUUAUUUUUAGUUCAUGUAGUGACGUCAAUGUUAUUUACAAUCUGGCAAAAAAGAUAAAUAAUUAAAACUAAGACCAUGUAAAUAUGUGGAUAAAGUUAAAAUAACCUAAUAUUACCUGAGCCCUGUUUAAGAAACAAAUACAAAAUUACAUUUUUGUAAUGGUGAUUUUGUAAAUAGUUGUCUUUUUAAAUUGCAUUUUGUACAAAUUCUUGCAUUUUUGUUUCUUUUUUGCUUUUCAUAGUUGAACAAAAGCUAAAUUUUCAAUACUCUUUGAGAGGUUGGUGCACAAUAGCCAGGCAUGCCCAAAGUGCCAGACAUUGUUCAGUGUAUCCCAUUAUUUUCUCUUGUUCACUCGCAACACUGUUCUAUAUAUGUUGGGUUUUUUUUCCACCUUAUUAUUUGAGAUCCCAUACAUCUUAUUAUUGAACCCAGACACUGAAUCCUUGAUGUCAAAGUUGAAUCUAAGCCAUUCUCAUUGUGGAAGUGGAAAAUAACUGGAGAAACACAUUGCCUCAAAAUGGAGUCAAGACCACGAGUGGUGACCGCAGCAGCCAUUUAUUUGUAACCAGCACUUUUUACCCUUAUUAAAAUGAUAGCAUUUCAUUACAUUUGAGGGUAACCUUAAAUCAACUUGUGCAUCCAUUACUGUAUGUCACAGGGCUGUGCCUUUAACUGUGUGCGGGUCAAAUUAAUCUGGAUUUCGGUUGAGUAAUUGGAUCAUACUAAGGUUUGGCACACCAUGCCUGAUAAAUCAGAAGGUGUGUGUGAUCUUCAUUAUCUCAUUACCCAGCUCUCUCCCCAGGACGGCUUCUGGGAAAGAGGAACUGCACGAUAAUAACACCUAUAUUGCUGAGCCAACCUUGACUUCACUUUUGUAGGCACUACUUUGUUGUUGAUACGUGUGCGCUCUCCAAGAGGUCACACUCUAAUUGUUUGAUGUAGAUCAGGCCUAACGCUAAGACCCAGUAAUCACUCACUUGCUCACUUUCGUGGCGUCUGCCAACACAUCCAAAAGAGCUUAGCAGAGAGAACGAGAGUGAAGGAAAAAGAAAAAGAGUUGGGGAAAAGCUGACUCCCUGGUGUUUUACAUAUUUCACUUAAACCCUCACUAAAAUUGCACAAAAUCCAUUUGUUCACUCUUGUGUUUUGGUUUGCUGUUAAAACACACUCAGAGUCUGAUACACAUAGAACGUAGUUUCCUACUUUCAAAAGGAUUUUUCCUAUUACUUGAAGUACCGAGUUCCUCAAGCUCUGCCUUUUAUUUCCUCCUCUUAUUUGCAGUUCACAAUUCUUCCCAUUUUUGAAGCUUGUCUCCAUGUUGGUAAAGUAUGUUGCAAUAGCAACACCCAGUUAGAGUUGUGGUCAGUAUUGUGGUAUGUGUGGCCCCCACUUCUAUCCUUUAAAAUAGUUGAUGUGGGGGUUGUUUUAAUUUUUUUUUGUUUACAUUUGUGUCACUUCACCGUGAUGACCCCAGUUGAUGGUGAAUCCCAGCAAUCUUAGUACUAAAUGCUUUGUUGGAUAAACAUUGCCUUUACAAAAUGACUUCACUUUUUUAUGUUCAGGAACAGUUGUGCUAUCUGUGCAUUUUUUUCCUUUUUUCGAUACACAGUAUUAUGUUGCGUGUACAUGCUCACAAAGCCUGAUUCCGUGUGUUUGUAAUAGUUCCAUGCUGAUUUUUGCCAUGUACACCACAGCUUUUUUUUGGCAUAGCUCAUCACAACUGAUUCAAAUGAUGGACAAUGUUCCAUAAUACAACUUGAAAUCUGAUAUUGCUUAUUCGACAAAAUAAAUUUCUUUUCCCAUGGAA